CAUCACGCAGGACCAGAAGCGUGGCGGAAUUCUGCACAGAGGUGAGAGAUACGCAGCUCCGUUGUUGUUGUGUUCAAGUCAUUGGGCCAGUAUGGAACUGCAAAAUGCUUCCCCUGCCUUGGUUUUAAAGGGUUCACAGCAAAGCCAGGGCUCAGCAACUAUGGCAACUGGUGCAGAAUCAAAACCAAAGAAGAAAAUCUGUUGUGCUUGCCCAGACACUAAAAGGCUGCGAGAUGAAUGCAUAGUAGAGCACGGUGAAUCAGCUUGUACAAAAUGGAUUGAGGCUCAUCGUCAGUGCCUGCGUGCCGAGGGGUUCAAUGUUUGAAACUGAUGAGCAAGAAAAGAAGAAUAGAGAAAAAGAAGACAUUGGUAGAAUAACUGAGUUGGUUUCUAUAAAAUUGAUACAAAUUUUGGAGCACGGUAGACAUUUACUGACGUUAUACACAUGAUAUUCGAAUUGUUUGAAUAAAAGAGAAAAGGGAACUGAUUGCUAGAUGCAAUGCAUAAUUUACUUGUAAAUUUUUAAUUGGGAGGUUUGUGCCUCUCAAAUGUUUUGUUGAAACUGAAAGGUCCGAAUGCAGAUUGCAUUUUUAUAUUCAAAAUCAUUUUGUACAUUAUAGGCAUACAAGUGUUGUAAAUCAAUAAAUCCCCUGCUACUUGUGCUAUUUCCCGAUUCUCCCAGGUUGUACCUGGUGCUGACGAGAAAGCAUAAUUUAUGAUUUGGUUCUAUUACG